AUGGACGAAGAUGCCGUCACCGCGCAGUCCACAACACGCAGUACAUCGUCCGUGGUACAGCAGAGAUCACUUCGUACUGUGGCACGACCAGAGCUGCUUCGUGGGGUCCCGUUACAUGUAGCACUGUCCUACUGGGGCAAACAUUGGAGGGCCCCUGAUCAAGGCAUGUUCAAUGUGAACCCCAAGAACUACCAGCUCAGUCGGCCCACGAAAGCCUACGACGCAUUUCUGAGCCACGACUGGGCAUCAUCCCGCUGGUUGAAGUUCCUAUCCCUGCUCAUGGUUUUCAACUCAGGACCUGCCUUUGCUAUCUCAUUCCUGGUGAGCGUGCUGGUGGGCACAUUGCGAGCACAUCGAGUGAUCCCAGACCAGGCAUGGACAUUGUCGAUUGUCUACGCAGUCUACUUUUUCAUCUUUUCGUUCUGGCAGCGCAUACGGACCAUGUUCUGUCGACCCCUCGUCGUUUUCCUGGACAAACUUUGCGUGGCGCAGCACGACGAGGACUUGAAGCAGGAGGGCAUUCAGAGCCUUGGUGCCUUCCUCCUGAGCUCCCGGGAACUGGUCGUGCUGCUCAGCCCUCAGUACCUGUCACGCCUCUGGUGCGUUUUCGAAAUCUCAACAUUUUUGAGAGAUAGGGCUUCCUUGAACAGACUGCGGAUCAUUCCACAGAAGACAACCCUACUCCUGCUGAUGGUGGCUGGGUGCUGGCACUUGCUGGCAAGCUAUUACUUCUUGUUGAUCAGGUAUGGUGUGCUUGGAAGCUGGGGAGGGGGUGCUACCAUGACCCUUACAACAGCCAUGUUGGGUUUCUGUUCUCUGCUUGUUCCGCUGUCCUUCUACGUUGGCAUAGGGCUGAUGUUUGAGCUUCAAGAGGUACCCAGGCAACUCCAGAACUUCCGAGUCCAAGAUUCGAAGUGCUACUGUUGUAGUCACUCGCACGUGCACCCUCGCAGCGGUGAGCCACUCCCCUGUGACCGCCAGCUCGUUUACGAAACCAUCCAAGAUUGGUGGGGGACUAAGAAAGAAGACGGGUCUGAUCCGCAUUUGGAGCGGUUCAGUGCAUCUGUUCGUCAGAGUGUGGCCCCCAAAAUUGCGAAUGGAAUGGGAAUCGGCUUGCCAUUUCAUUAUGUUGUUUACACGGCCGUUUUUAGCAUUGUGCCUUGGUUGGCAGACUUCAUCGCGCUUUGGGCCGAGACGAUUGACCACCGACCUGUCAUCUCUAUCUGGAGCUUGAGACACUUUGUCACAUGGGGCAUUGUCGGCUUGGCCCUACUCUUUUCACUGAAGAUCAGCAUUUGGCUCUGGACUUUAGGCACCUUGAUCGAGAAGCGUAUGUUCUCUCGCUGGUUGGCCGUCUUCAUGGUCGCGCCACUCUCUUGUCUUGGUGUUUGCUCACUGUGGCUGCCGCUGGGAAUUAGCUUAGCAGCGACAAACGAAGACAACCCUUUGCCAGUGAUCAUCUUUUUUGCGGGCGCAGCACUCACGACCUUCGUAUGGCACAUCGAGCGGAAGCCACAGCCAUCCCCGCGGCAAUCGCAGUGCUCGACUUCCACUCGAAGCACGGAUGAUGACGAUACUUUCUCAAUUUAA